AUGUCCUUCUUCUCCAACCAACAGAAUCAGAACUCAACACUAUCCUCCCAAAAUUCUGGACAGUCAGUUUCACAAUUCGGUCAACAACCAUCCCAAUUUGGUCAACAACCAACUCAAUUCGGCCAAACACAACAACAAAACCCACAAUUCAACCAAUCUCAGCCCCAAUCUUUCAAUCAAUUUGGCCAAAAUCAAGUUCAAACUCAGCCCCAAUCAUUACAACAAACCAGUCAAUUUGGUCAAACAAACACCAACUUAUUCGGACAGUCAACUCAAUCUAAUACUUCCCAACUAGCCCAGAACUCAGGUUUAGGAGGCUUAUCUAAUUAUAACAAUCUAGGUACUAAUACUAAUGCCUGGCCCUCUAGUACUACCAAUCCAACUAUUAAUACAACUGGAUUUGGUACCAAUUUAGGAGGUAAUAAUCUUGGUGGAAGUAAUUCCAACUAUACUAGCACUGGUUUUGGUAAUACUUCUGGUUUAGCUAUGCAACCAUCUUCUUUUAAUAAUACUAAUACUUUAGGUGGUAAUACUCUAGGUGGCAAUACAUUAGGUGGCAAUACUAAUUGGGGAGUCACUGGUAAUCCGAUUGGUUCUUUUGGUCAGACUAAUACGGGCUUUAAUACUAACUCUUCCUUUACUGGGUUCCAUAAACCUUGUUCUACACUUAAUGCCGCUCUUUCAUCCAAUAACACUCCUAAUCCUGAAGAUGUUCUUUGCACGAUAGAUUAUUUAGAGAAGUCUUAUGACCGGAAUAGUCAGUUUUACAAGUUUAUCUAUACUUUUUAUGAUAUUAUUGAUACGAAUGGGAUGGCGCCUAUGAAACCGGCCCAUGUACCUCAGGAUAUUUGGGAGCAAGCUGAGAAGCAGAAUCCUUCACCUGGGUACUUGACGCCUUGUAUUGUGUUUGGAUAUGAAGACCUUUAUGCCCGUAUAGAUAAGCAGAAAAUGGUUAUUGAGAAGCUCAAACAUAGUAGGAAGUAUUUAGGGGAUAAAGUUAAUGAGUUAGUUGAAUGUGGGACAAUUAAGCUGACCCAUCGGAUUUCCAAUGUUAUGGAGAAGUACAACUUGUUGUUAGUGGAGGUUUUAGAGCAAAUUGGGAAGGCUUUAGGCAAAGAGGCUGAACCGGCUGCUAUUCAGUACGAACAAUUAGAGAAACGAGCUAGUCUGCUGAGUGAGAGUCUUAAUGCGUUUACUGAAAACAUAUCAGUUUACAAACGAGUUUUUAAUGUUGAUAAGUCCGAUGCCGUUAUGUCUAUUCUGGAAGAGCAAAGAGCUAUUUUGCUUAAUAUGAUCAGCACUCUGAAGAAGAGGCUAGAAGAGAAAUAA